AGCCACUAAACCCUCUUUUCGUGUUCCUUUUUCUUUUAAUACAUAACCCUUGUCUUCUGUUUCAGUUCCACCAUUAAAAAUGACCAUUUCUUCUCUUCUCUUCUAUUCCCCUUUCUUCUUUCUUCUUUGUUUCCGCUGCGAAAGGGUACCUACAAAUAUUUAUUAAAUGCAAUUGUAUCUCCCAAGUUCAAAAUUUUAUCCAAACUUCCAUGGCUUUUUGUUUAUCUUCUGCAGUUACUUAUUCAUGUAGAGUUUGCAGAAAUUUUCGUGUUCUAGCUCGUUUUUCUACUUCAUGUGCUCUAAAUACAGUAGAUUACUUCAAAGAAAUCGAUACCCAUGUUUCCGACUAUCCUGAAUUACAACGGAGGAUGCAGAGUUAUGCUAUCUCAGGUGACUUUAGCAAUGCUUUCUCUACUCUAGAUUUGAUGAAAAACAUUGAUGGGAAACCAACCGUGUAUGAUUGUAAUGCUUUUAUGUUCUUUUACUUGAAGUCUAAGAACGCGUGUUGGCAAGAGUUGGUUGAAAUGUAUACCGGGAUGAAGAGAUUUGGUCCUCCACCAGUUGCAUCCACUUUUAAUACCCUUCUUAAUGGAAUGUUAUUUCUUGGUGAUCUGAAACAUGCAAUUUUUAUUGUUGAAGAGAUGUAUAGAAAUCAUUUUGUCCCAUCCUUCACUUCUUUAUCAAAAACGUUGAAAAUGGCUGUCAAAGUAGGGAAUUUACUUGAUGGUCUUGUUGUUUUUGAGCUCAUGUUGAGGUAUGAUUAUCACCCAACAGAACCAACUUUGAGUAAAUUUAUUUUAAUGCUUUGUGAAGCUGGGAUGGUUUCUGAUGCUUGUUUUGUGUUCUCUGUUCUUUUGAGAAAGAGUUAUGUUUAUAGUGUAUAUUGUUACAAUCCUAUUCUAUGGGCUUUAUGCAAGACUGGUCGAAGUUAUACUGCUUUGCAAUUGUUUUAUUUGAUGAAGAAGAAAGGGUUUGUUCAAAAUGUGUGUUCCUAUACUGCUUUGAUUUAUGGGUUCUGUAGAGAAGGCCUGCAAGAUAAUGUUUUUCAAUGGCUGGAUUUCAUGCAAAGUAAUGGUUGUAAGCCUAAUGUGAUUACAUACACGAUAAUUGUUAAGUUUCUUUUUGAUAAUGGGAAGUUUGAGGAGGCUAUGGACUUCGUCAGUAAGAUGGAAAGGGAAGGUUGUAACCCUGAUCUGGUUACUUAUAAUGUCAUUCUUCGUGAGCUUUGCCAUAGAGAUAGACUAGAUGACAUUUCUGAGUUAAUUCAGGUGAUGGAGCAAAAAGGUCUUUCUCCAGAUUCAUAUUCAUAUGCUGCUUUGUGUGGAGGCCUGCUCAAAAUAGGAAAAGUAGGGGAUGCAUGUGAACUAUUGCGUGAUAUAUUUUCCAAUGGAACUGCGGAUGUUGCUGUCUAUAAUAUUUACUUCCGAUGUUUAUGUCAAGAGAAUAAAUCAAGAGAAGCAUUGUCUAAGUUGAAGCGCAUGAUGAAAGUUGGCUUUAAGCCAAACAAUGUGUCGUAUAAUACUAUCUUGAGUGGUUUUUGUAAAGAAAAAAAUAUUAAUGAGGCCAUGGAGCUUUUGUACCAUUUUGAGUGGGAUGUGAAUUGGCCCGAUGCAGUCACUUUCAAUGCAAUUUUGUCUACUGCACGCAGGCUAGGGAACUCUGCAAUAAUCCAAACGAUCUUGUAUCAUAUGAGGGAUGAAGACAUGAAGCUUAAUAUUUUCAAUUUGACUUGUUUGGUUCGAUAUUUCUGCAGUAGUGGAAAAUUUUCAGAGUGUUUGAAGUUAGUGGAGUCCAUGAUGUAUAAUAGUCCUACUCCAACUGUAAUCACCUUAAAUAUGCUGCUUCAUAACCUUUGCAAGAACCGGUUACUUGGAACUGCAUUCCGGAUUUUCCAGAAUUUAAGAAACACCAAGUGCCUUCCUGAUGUGACUUCAUACAACAUUCUCAUCCAUGCUUCUAUAAGAGAGCACAAUCACCUUCUGGUUGGUCAACUGUUAGGGGAAAUGAAGAGACAGGGACUGAAACUGGAUGUUUUUACCUAUGGUUCAUUAAUUAGUGGACUGUGUAAAGAAGGGAAGAUAUCAGCUGCUCUCCAACUGUGGAAUCAAAUGCUAGAGAGGGGCCUUAUUCCUAGUGUUGUAAUUUUUAAUACCCUAUUACAUGCAAUAUUUCAGAGAGGCAAGUUUUGGGACAUCCUCUUGUUACUUAAAGCCAUGGUAGUACAGGGCUUUCAACCUGAUGAGGUAACUCUAGGGAUCCUUAGCCAAGCAGUUUCAAAUAGUUCGAUGAAGAGAUUUCCUCAAGUCGCUAAAGUUCUAGAUUGGGUGAUAAGUAAUGACUUUCAGAAAGAAACAGAUCAAAAGACAAUAGCUGGCUGAUUUAUUUAGUUUUUGAAGUUUCUUUUCAUAUGAUUGCUUGAAGCGAAUUAUGGCUCGCUUGGUCUUUUCUAAGAACAUUUAUGAAGAUUCAAGCCUGAAUCAGUGGAAGGGGGGAAGUCCUUGCUUUCAGGAGCAUCGAAUUUUUUUCCAUCUAGAGCAUCUCAUGCCAAACAUCUUAAACGUAGGGAAUCAGACCAGGGCAUAAAACCGCAGAAGCUGAAUUACCAACUCAAAUCAGGGGUCUGAUCUGGGAUUGGAUUGGACUAGCUUAGGGUCAAAACAGUACAUACUGGUUGGUACAGCGGUUACUGGUAGGGAGCUGACCACCAUGGUUUAGAAGUCAGAAUCACCUUUGCAAACUGCGGUCUGUCAGCUAGUUAACCAUGGCAUCUCUUUUCCUCCUCCCAUUUUACCCAUCUAUUGAUUUCCCACAGAGCUGCUUUCAUUUCUUAAGCUGAAGAGACGGCAUGUGGGUUAGGGUUAAUGCUAAUGAUUUGCUUUAUCAUUGAUUGUACCAUCUCUUUAUAUGAAAAUUCAGAAUAACUAUCUGAUUAGCAUUUCUUGAAUGUCCAUGAAUAUAUCAUACAUACUGCAUAUAUUGUUUUUAUAGGUAAUGUGCAAUUUAAUACCAAUUACUGUUUCAGUUACAGUUCCAUGUA